AUGGCUCAGAAGGUUGGUGUUGCUACAGAUCUCGGGAUUCCACUUUCGCAAAAUGUAGUGGAUGACGGACAAAGAGUCCUUCCCCCGGUCAUUCGCAGUGGGUUGGCAGGUCUGCAGAUGGAUGUAGAGAAGGAUAUUGCGACUAUCCUCAAAGAAGACGGCCGUGUCGUGCCGAGCGAAAUUGAUUCCAUCAUUUUGAGCCACUGGCACGCCGACCAUAUUGGCGAUCCUUCUACCUUUCCGUCCCAUGUCGAACUCGUCGUCGGUUCGGGGUUCAAAGAUGCGUUCCUUCCUGGAUAUCCCGCUGAUCCCAAUGGAGUGAUCUUGGAAAGUGACUAUGCGGGUCGGCCUUUGCGGGAAAUUGAUUUUGCAGCAGGGCUAGAAAUCGGCGGUUUCCACGCUAUGGACUUUUUCGGUGACGGCAGUUUCUACUUGCUGGAUUCCCCAGGCCACGCUAUUGGACAUAUGUGUGCUUUAGCGCGUACGACCCCUUCGACAUUUAUAUUUAUGGGUGCUGACGGCUGCCACCACUGCGGCUCCCUGAGACCCAGCAAGUAUCUCCCCCUUCCGCGUGAGCUUUCACCAUCGCCGUUCUCCGUUCCGCCGUAUUUACAGGGUACGAUCUGCCCCGGUUCUGUACUUGAGGCAAUUCACCCGAGCCAUAGCCGCGUAGAGCCUUAUUACAGCCGAUUGGCACCUGCUCCAAGCCACAAUGUCCCUGUCGCAGAGGCUACUAUCGGAAAGAUGAUACCCUUUGAUGCGAGCGAGGAUGUCUUCGUCAUUAUCGCUCAUGAUAGCAGCUUGUUGGAUGUUAUAGACUUUUUCCCAGGUCGAGUCAACGAGUGGAAGAAGAACGGAUGGAAGGAAGCUGGCCGAUGGAGGUUUCUGGAGGAUUUCAAAGGUGCUGUGGCGAGAGACUCUAACUAG